AUGCUCUCACGUGUUGCUGCUGUGGAGGCACCCCGCACACACAACCGUCGCCGCGUGACCGGAUCCAGCGGGAGGAGGAGGGAAGGAGGAGAGAGUGAGCCGCAGAGGCCCAACAUGUCCCGGCAUCUCUUCUACUCUGCGGUGCUCCUUCUCGUCGUGAUGGUGUGCUGCGGCAGUGGUGCUGCGGGAGUUGCGGGGGAGUCAUCUGUAUCAACGUUUAAAUGGAGGGGCAUCAAUGAGAGUGAAACUGUGGACUCGUUGGGUGUUCCCAGCCUUCUAAAAGUGGGGAAUGACGUGUUUGCCGUUGCCGAGGCGCAGUGCAAAAAGAAGAAGGAUGGUGAUGUCAGUUUUACUGGCGUUGCAUCCCAACUUCUCACGAAAAAAACUGCUAAGACACCGGUGGAAGUUCUGGAAAAACCCGAAGAUGGGACACAAGUACUGGAGGAAGGUACUUCCGAAGGUCAAAAGAAGAAAGUGGAUGUGAGCCGACCAACAACUGCUGUGAAGGGAAGUGAUAUUUACAUGCUUGUUGGACAGUACGGCAGUAAAGAUUGUCAGAACAGUGGUGCAGGUGGCUGUGAACUUUUGCUGGUGAAAGGGAGCGUCAGUGGUGGGGGUACAAGUAACAAGAAAAUUGACUGGAAAGUUACUGAAAGUUCCCCGCAAAGACUUUUUGACACACAGCCCGAUUCCUGGACAAGGCUGAUUGGAAGCGGUGGAUCGGGUGUUGAGAUGAAGGAUGAGACUCUUGUGUUCCCAGUGGAAGGCACGAAGAAGGCGGCGGGCACUGAAGAGGGUGUGAAGACUGUCUCACUGAUCAUACAGUCGAAGGAUACUACGAAUUGGACGCUGUCGAAGGGGAUGUCUGACGGUGGCUGCAGCGAUCCCUCCGUCGUGGAGUGGGAGGAGGGAAAACUCAUGAUGAUGACUGCGUGUGGUGAUGGCCCUCGCAGGGUGUACGAGAUCGGUGACAUGGGGGAGUCGUGGACGGAGGCCCUCGGGACACUUUCGCGCGUGUGGGGCAGCAACAAAAAGGGCGUAAGUGGCGUUAGAAGCGGGUUCAUCACAGCGACUGUUGGAAAUGAUGGUGAUAAGAGGAAUGUGAUGCUCGUCACUCUGCCGGUGUAUGCCGGGGAAGGCAAAGAAAAGGGCAAACUCCAUCUUUGGCUGACGGACAAUACGCACAUUGUUGAUAUUGGGCCGGUAUCCGGAGAAGAUGACGCUGCCGCCAGCUCCCUGUUGUACAACAGUGGUGAAAACACUGAUGAGAGGGAGGGGAAGUUGAUUGCACUGUACGAGAAGAAGAAGGGCAGUGAGCAAGCAUCACCCGGUAUGGUCUCUGUGCUUCUGACAGAGCAGCUGAAGCGUGUGAAGGAUGUGCUGGCGACGUGGAAGGAGGUGGACGGCCGUGUCUCCCAGCUGUGCACCUCAUUAAUUGCUCAGAAGGAUCGUGCCUCAACUGACGAUGUCUGCGGCGCUGUAAAGAUCACGGCUGGGCUGGUUGGCUUUUUGUCGGGCAAUUUUUCUGAUGGCAUAUGGAGGGACGAGUACCUCGGCGUGAACGCCACAGUAACGAAAGAAGGGGCGGAGCAGGUAGAAAAGGGUGUGAAGUUCACUGGGCGUGGCGCAGGGGCGGAGUGGCCUGUUGGCAAGCAGGGGGAGAAUCAGCUGUACCACUUUGCGAACUACAACUUCACUCUUGUGGCGACGGCGUCCAUCGACAAAAUGCCGAAGGAGGGAAACACCCCCAUUCCUUUGAUGGGUGUGAAGAUGAAUGGCGAUGAAAAUAAUGUGCUGCUGGGACUGUCGUACGACAGCGAAAGGAAGUGGCAUGUACUGUGCGGUGACGGAAAAACUGAGGAGCUCAGCAGCACGUGGGAGACACAGACACAGUACCAGUUGGCCAUUGUGCUACAGAACGGCACCCAGGGCUCCGUGUACGUCGAUGGUCAGCGAGUGGGGAAUGAAGAAUGUGCAUUGAGAAAUGGUGAGUCGAACGAGAUCUCCCACUUCUACAUUGGAGGGGAUGGAGAAAACGCAGACAAAGAAGGCGUGUCUGUGACUGUGACGAACGUCCUGCUGUACAACCGCCCGUUGAGUGAAGAUGAGAUCGCCGCCUUCAACCCGAAUAAAGCUCCUACUCCAUCUCUGGUGGACGCGUCUAUUGAAGGAGGCGCGAUUCAGCCUUCUGGUGGCGGACGACCGGAGGAACCGACAGAGUCGUUGGGGAGCAGUGGUGUGAACGGUGUAUCCGCAUCAACAGUGUCCAGUGCCAAGACUUCCUCAGGAGGAGAGGAGUCCGCAACCCAGUUGGUUUCGGAAGAAUCUUCCGAUGGAACUCAAACUGUGGGUGGCGGUUCUUUUUCUGAUGGCGAGCCAACGGUGGAGACAAGAGAAGGAGGAACGGAUGGGCGAGAGAAGGAGGGGAUCCACGCACAGAACGGGGACGUAAAGGCUGCGGCCCUCAGCAGCAGUCUCGGAAAUGUGUCGCAGGGGAAUAACAGCGAUGCCGGCACCAUGUGUGAGAGCGGACUGCUGCCAUCGCUGCUUCUACUGUUGGGACUGUGGGGGUUCGCGGCUCUGUGA